AUGGCAUCUAAGCCUACGGGACCGCAGACCUCCUGUCCCGUCUGCAAAGCCUCCCUCCCGAUAAAUCCACAAUACCCAAACUACUUGUGUUGGUCAUGUCACGACAAAGCAACCGACGCACAUGGCCGAAGGCUUACAUUUCAAACAUCCAGUACCGGCGGCUUUGAAGCACAUUUCAAAGACGAUGGAUGCCUUGCCGGCGAAGUCACCAAAAGCCAUGCCGUCUACGUCGGAGCUCUCAAAGUUUGGGCGGAUGAAGGACGCAUGGGCGGAACCGUACUUACGCCUUAUCGCGAAAGAAUCCAGCCUCACAGCACAUAUCCUAUCUGCCAUACUUCAGUUCAGAUCAACCCACGCUAUCCAAAUUACUUGUGUUGGGGGUGUUGCGACAGAGCAGUUGACGCCCAGGGUCGGCAGCUUGAAUUCUACAAUGCCUCCAUGUCCGGCGGAUUCGAAGCACGUUUCAAGCAUGAUGGGUCACCUGCUCCUGAAGUUACUGAAAGCCAUACCGUCUACGUCGGGUUUCUGAAAGUCUGGGCUGAUGAGGCGCGCUUUGGAAGGAUUGUUCUCACGCCUUAUCGUGAGAAAAAGUCGUAA